ACACAUCAAGCUCGCCACGUACGUUUCACUGCAACCGAACUUGCUAUUCUGCUUGACGGACAGCUGAACUAACCACUGCGGUCGACGCUCUUACGCAAACAACCUAAUUUGCUGCCUAGCGAGCUAGCUGGCUGCCGACAGAGCUCCCAGGAGGAAGUAACGGGAGGAAAGCAGAGCAGAUGAAGUCCAGGAUUCAUAAUAAAAUGUGUUGGAGCCGGGCCCUUCACACCGGCUGGCUUCUGCUGCUGGUCCAGCUGCUUUGCUCGGAGGCCGUGCCCAUCAGUAUGGAUAAGACAAAAGUCCAGGAGCCAGAGAAAAAAACAGAAGAGCCUCCAGCUAGUGUGGACACAGGACUCCACUACGACCGCUACCUCAGGGAAGUCAUUGAUUUUCUAGAGAAAGAUCAGCACUUCAGAGAAAAGCUCCACAAUACAGACAUGGAAGACAUCAAGCAAGGUAAGCUGGCCAAAGAGCUGGACUUUGUCAGCCACCAUGUCAGAACCAAACUGGAUGAGUUGAAGAGGCAGGAGGUAAGCCGACUCCGAACUCUGAUUAAGGCCAAGCAAGACCUUGAAGGAGGGAAUGAUAUCGCAGUUGACCACCAGGCUCUGCUGAAACAGUUUGAGUACUUAAACCACAUGAACCCUCAUACAUUUGAAGUGGAUGACCUGGAUCGGCUCAUUAAAUCGGCCACUAAAGAUCUGGAAAAUUUUGACAAAGAGAGACACGAGGAGUUCAAGAAGUAUGAAAUGCUGAAAGAGCAUGACCGACAAGAACAUCUGAAAACACUGGACGAGGACGAAAGAAGAAAAGAGGAGGAGCACUUUGAGGAGAUGAAGAAGAAACAUGCUGACCACCCGAAAGUCAACCACCCGGGUAGCCAGAAUCAACUGAAAGAGGUGUGGGAGGAAGGGGAUGGCCUGGACCCUGAAGAUUUUGACCCCAAGACCUUUUUCAACCUGCACGAUACCAAUGGAGAUGGCUUUUUUGAUGAUCAGGAACUGGAGGCACUGUUCACCAAAGAGCUCGAAAAAAUCUAUGACCCCACCAAUGAAGAGGAUGAUAUGGUGGAGAUGGAGGAAGAGAGGCUACGUAUGAGAGAGCAUGUUAUGAAUGAGGUGGAUUCUAACAAAGACAGGCUCGUCUCUUUAGACGAGUUUCUGGUUGCUACAAAGAAAAAAGAAUUCUUGGAACCAGACAGCUGGGAGACCCUGGAGCAGAACCAGGCUUACACGGACGAGGAGAUGAGAGAAUUUGAGGAGCAUCUUGUGCAGCAGGAACAGGACCUCAACCAAAAAGCUGUUGACCUCCAGAAACAGAGAGAAGAGCUGGAGAGACAGCAGGAGCAGCUUAAUUCACAAAAAAUAGAGCUGCAGCAGGCAGUCGAGCAUAUGGAAAGGCUGAAGUCACAGAAUGUAGAACCCCCUCCCGAGGUUCACGUUGAAGGGAAUGCCAUCCCAGAGAUGCACGCAUUUGACAACCAGUUGCAUCCUGAACAAGAGGACAAACCUCAGGAGCAUGAACCUGCACACUAUACACCUCAGGAACACCAUGAACAACAACAUGAAGACCUGGCCCAGCAAGGUCUCCCCCAGACACACCAGAAUCUGCCACCAGGCCACCAAGAAGCUGCACCAGUGCACCAUAACCUGCCAUAGCUAUGGUGUCACAACUUGAACCUCUGCAAGCAGACUUUUGCAGCACCUCCACUCCAGCGUGCAGAGGAGCAGUUCCUCCCGAGUAUUAGGCCUCGUAAACCAGCAUGACUUAGGAGUUUGGAGGGCAUUUGAGAUGAUUAAGAGCAGCACAAAAGGAAUCCCUGCUCAAUGACACCAGUGUUUGAUAAUAACUGUAAUCUUUCAGAUUACAUAAUGGAAUUACAAUAAUAAAAUGACCAACCAAGGACAUACAUCUUAAAAUGUGCAUUUAUGACAUUUUUAAGGAGUGUUUGAUUACAUGAGAAAAUAUCAAACAUUUUUGGUAAUACAAUUAUACAAAAAUAUAAUUUUGGUGAGUUUUUUUUUACUUGUUGUUCAAAGUACAGAAACUCUAACAAUGAAGAGGAUAAAGUGUAAAAAGUCAUUUAAAUUUGGUCAUUUUGAAUUUGAUAUACUGACUUGACUAUCAAGAAACCCCCAAACAUCUCGAUUAGUUUACAUGUGGGCUGUAUCAGAGAUUUGACAAGAUUAGUGCAAGCAACAUUUUUUUAAAGAUUUUCUAUUCUAGCAUUUAAAAGCCUACAGAAGCAAAAGAGUCACUAUAACAGUUUUAACCAAUAUGCAGCAUCUUAAUGUCUUAAUCAGAAUUAUUUAAUUCAAGACCUUUUGAUUAUGUAAACAAGCUGUCACCUCUUUCUAGAAAUGUAUUUUAUUUCCAUUAUCUCAACCUGCCACCGUCACAAACUAGUCCCAUCUUUCAAUCACAAACACCCUCAUGAAGCCAGACGACUCCGAGUCCUUACAUUGUCAAGACUUCCCUUUUGCUACUCUCGUCACGUUGAUUCUGGUUGCUUUCAUAACCUGUCAACGGUUUGCCUACCUUGAAACAGCUCUCGCGUGUGUGUGUGUGUGUGUGUGUGUGUGUGUGUGUGUGUGUGUGUGUGUGUGUGUGUGUGUGUGUGUGUGUGUGUGUGUGUGUGUGUGUGUGUGUGUGUGUGUGUGUGUGUGUGUGUGUGUGUGUGUGUGUGUGUGUGUGUGUGUGUGUGUGUGUGUGUGUGUGUGUGUGUGUGUGUGUGUGUGUGUGUGUGUUCAAUUUUCUCAACUGAUGAAAAUGCGUCCUCUGCCUAAGAAUACAUCUGGUACAGGUCUCCUGGCCACACUGCAGCUGCUCUCCACUGACUUUGAUGUCAAAAAAAAAUAAAGGUGCUAGGUUCUUUAAAUAAAGAUAGGUGUGGAACAUCUCUCCAUUCAACACAUGUUUCCCCUACUUUAUUACAGCCCAAACUCCUGCACAUGCUUGCACUGGAGAUUUAGGUUUUAGGCUAUUUCCAGUAUGGACCUCUGAAAUAAUACAUUUGCUUUGCUACACUUCAUAGCACGAUGGGCACUUCAAAUCUGCUCUAUUGUUUGUACACACAAUGUGUAUGUUUAUACAUGAGUCGAUUGUGAUUUUGAAUUGGUUUUUAAACACUUUUGCUGAGUGCAGGAUUGUAUUCCUGUGUUUUUCAUCUUCUUUGGAGCAAGUGCUGGAUUUGGUCAAUGUGUUAAUUUUAAGAUGUUAUCUGAAAAAGUGCUGAUUCGGGAGAGUGAGAACAGUCUGAUAUUACCAUUGUCUGAUUAUUAUAUUGUCUGAGUGAUAUCAUGAAAAAUGCAUUCAGUUCAGUGUAUUCGGCACCAAAUGUGCAUUACAUGGUCCUUAUUUGACAAAGGCAUGGCAUAUCUUCCCCACAAAUUACUAGUUUGGUAUAAUUUUUGUGCUCAUGUAAUGUUGUGGUUUCUUCUAGCUGGCAGACUGGCCAUGGCAAUCAGGUGUUUACCUAUUGGCCACUUUUUACUGAUGGCAGCUUCAUUUGUAUCCACUGCGAUAACGUCUGCCAUAUUGGGAAUGUACUUUUUACAAAACCCAGAUAUGGAAUACGAUUUGUCUAGUUCCUUGAGACAAUACAGCAUCAUAAUUUGCACCAAAUACAGAUUGUGUUUUACGAUUGCUUGCUGCUGGAUUAAAUGGUAAUGUUGGCAAUACUGUACACCACCUCAGUUCAAAUAAAACAUGACCGUUCUGUUUGUU